AUGGCCGAUCUCACAUCCUCCCUCUCUUUCCUCACGGAAAACCCUGCCAUGGCAGUGAUUAAUGAUGCAUACACCUCGUUCUCCGAGCGCAGGGCGCAGCUCAAUCUGCCCAACCCGGGCACUGUAGAUAACAUCGCGCGUGAGGUGCAAAAGGAGGUCCUGCUGUCCAACUUCAUGUUCUCUGGUCUCCGCGCCGACCUGACCAAGGUCUUUGGCAUGUCUCCUCUGUUCCGUGUGUCGCAUGCGUUCUCCAUGGGCUCAUCCGGCAAUCUGCCCCCGUACGCUUUCUCGGCCAUGUACGGCAGCCCUAAGGUCUUCAUGCAAGGCAACCUCGGAAGCGAUGGCACUCUCUCCGCUGUCUACAACUGGCGCUGGACUCCGUCUCUGGUCACCAAGACCAACGCCCAGAUCAUGCCUGGUGCCACCCAGGGUCUGAUGCAGAUCGACAACGACUACACUGGCAAAGAUUUCUCUGCCUCUUUGAAGGCCUUCAACCCCUCUUUCCUGGAGGGUGGCCUGACCGGCAUCUUCGUCGGUAGCUACCUCCAGUCCAUUACCCCCAGCUUGGCCCUCGGCUUUGAGGCCAUCUGGCAGCGCCAGGGCCUGAACACUCGCCCGGAGACUGCUCUGUCCUACUGUGCCAAGUACAAGGGAGAUGACUGGAUCGGUACUGCUCAGCUGCAGGCUCAGGGCACUUUCGCCGCCACCUACUGGCGCAAGCUGUCUGAGCGUGUCGAGGCCGGUGUCGACAUGAACCUCCAGUUCGCUCCCAACGCCGCCGCGAUGAUGAUGGGCGGUCCUAGCCGGGAUGGCACCACUGCCAUUGGCGCCAAGUACGACUUCCGUGCCUCUUCUUUCCGCGCCCAGGUCGACAGUGCUGGCAAGGUCAGCUGUCUUCUGGAGAAGCGUAUCGCCAUGCCCAUCUCUCUGACCUUCGCUGGUGAGAUUGACCAGGCCAAGCAAACGGCUAAGGUCGGCCUUGCCGUCUCUCUCGAGAUCGCCGGCGAGGAGCUGAUGGAGCAGCAGGAGAAGGCUGAUGCCGCCAGCAUCAUCCCCCUCCCUUCUAAUCUCCUCUCAAUGUCUGAGAUUCUCACCAUUCCUCUCGAGUCU